CCACUCAUUGGAAGGUACCCACGGCCGAGCAAUCGCCCCGCGCUCCAGGGUGAGUUACCCCGAUCGGGAUGGCUGGCUGGUGCUGCUGCAGCAGCAGCUGCUGCCACCACAAACGUGAACGCAUCCCAAAAGCAUCUCGUGCUUGGGCUUGUGCCAGCGCCAGCUGCGGUAGUUUAUCGUGUGCUUCGGUACGUCGUGGUUGUCGUCGUUCACCAAACCACCAAGGUUUUGACCGCGUCCGUGCGUUCUUCCGCGCUUGUUGAGAAUCCUGUGGGAAACCCCAACUGCGUCACUCCCGAGGUUGCGGUGCGUUCAUUCGUUCGUUGAUUCGUUCGUUCAAAGUCGUUGUCGCCGGGUACUCUAGGAGUUGCGUUAGCCCUAGGGAGGUCGUUGCUCGUCGGUGUCGUGCGUGUACUCCGGUAACCUGCACGGAAUCGCCUCAAUGGUCCGCAUCGUGGAACCAGGCGGGGUUCAGGGUUGAAGGUGCGUUCGAGGAAGGAUUUUUUCACUACAUGGUUCGGGUUGGCCUCUCGUUUGCAUACGAGCAAUCCGCUAGACAGCGGACGUAAGUGAAUCGUCUGUAGGCACGGAACGGAUAUACGGUUUUGGGGCAAAUAUUCUACCGGUUGCAACGGGGGUCGAAAUGUGCUGUUGAUAGCCGUGGCAUACAGAAGGGAGUUGAUGUAAAGAGGGCGCACAGGUGAAUUCCACAUAUGUACGUAGGGUACACUUCGCAAGGGUGAAACAGGAUAACGGAGAACGCAAAUGCAGCAUUUUUGCAAUUCAAAUCUUUCUUCCCCGGCGUCAAGGCUGCCUUCAUUGGAUAGUGUGCGCGUGUGAUGAUGCUCUCAAGGGUACUGACGGUUUCGGUAACAGCAGUAACAGAGCAAUGAAGGUGAAUUAACUUGUAGGAAGUGAUGGUCUGCCUGUUUUCAUUUCGGUGAACUCGUAGAAAGGAUUAAUUUAUUCUACCAAUCGACCGGUCAGCCGCAGAACCAAGCCGUCGAGCUGAUUUGCAUGCAGGGCAAUGCAACAAGGAUAGGUCAGGCAGUGAACGUGUAGUGUGCGUCGGCUCUGAAUCCAGGUGAAAGGGAUAAAUUCCUGGUGUCAAACAGAAUCAGAGUCAAUUACUGCGAGCGAAUCCGGUGGUGCUUUCUCGUUUUGGAUUACUCGUUACAUAUCAGGCUACGACAAUCGAAGCCCAAGCACAAGUGAGUAAGGUCUUCCAAUUUAGAUUGCAGACGGGGCGUGAGUGAGUGGGUGGAGCAGAGUGUGAGCUGGGCCCAUCUCCAUUUCCAGUGCCGAAGCAGUGAAAUAAAUUUGAAUUUAAUUCGAUUGGAUCUGGGUCCAUAGGUUCCGGGAAGUCACUACUGCUGGCUGCAAGAAGAAGGUUGGUUUUCUUUUCCUGUCGGCGCAACAGACAAAAAUCGAGAUACAACAACCGAAAGGAGAUAACGGAUCCGGGGAAAUGCCGCCCAAACUACGUGGAUUAGAUUCGGUUUUGUGAUUCGGAAGAAAGUGUGUUUUCCUAUUUGUGGUCGACGUCGUCGGUUCUGUGCUCGCGUUUGUGUGAAUGUGUUGGGUGGGCUGCAUAAAUUUCUUCGAGAUCAGCGCUGCACGCUUCAGGUGAUUUAUUACUCAAGCUAGUUGGUGGUUCCGUUGGCAGACAAGGAUACAUCUACGAUACAUAUCAGUACCAGGCAGUGAAUUAUUUAAGCAAAUCAAGGAUCAAUCCUUUCUAGAGGAUAAAUGGAAUAUCUUAUACAAGAAAAGCAUAUUAUUCAGUGACCAAUAAUAAUAGAUGUGUUUAACUAGUGCAUAAGUUAGUGGUUUGUCCUGAAAAAUAACAAAUGUUGAAGUCAGUGUAAUAAAAAAUAGAAGAAAAGAAGCAUUAUAAUUGUAGGCAGUAAAUAUUAUUAAGGUGCUCCAGUGAAGAUAGAAGUGUUGGUGAUUCUCAACUGCUCAACUUGGUGUCAUAUCGUGUAGGAACUUUAUCAGCGCUCAACUUUGGAUUCUAAUUCAAGAAGUAACAUUGACAUUAACGCCACCUCCCCGCUAGGAGAGAAAGAACCGUCAUCAUUGAAGUGAAGUGAGUAGACUAUUACGCCGGCGAGGAAGCAUUGCCGCACCCGGCACCUCGCUUACCUCCUGAAGGGAACACUUUUUCACACCCCUCGAGGUGGCGUACAAACAACAGACGGACGACACACACACACAUAUCAUCAUGCUGCGAUUCGUUUUGGUCGUUAUGUUUCUUGGACCGAACAUUAAGACUGCAAUAGCUAUAUUAAAUUGUAUAUUAGCGAGACAACUAUGUUUCGAGGAUCCAUCAUGUUCCGCCAUCCUAGAGAUCAUUCCACGAGUGUGCGGGCCAGUGCCAGUGGCCUGCAGUACGGUGACUGUGACCAAGUGUCAGGCAGCCCUGCGGACGCUGCAGGCGUUUCCGUUUUUUCGGCCCACCUGUCUGUGCAAGGAGCCCGGAAUCGAUCCGGACUGCAACUACUUUCGGGACUUCCUGUUCGACCAUCCGUGCGGAUUCGUGUCCAAGAAAGAGAAAGACCCAUACCCAGUGGACGCACUGCCCACGUGCAACCAUGCACUGUCCGUCUGCCAGCAAGAGCGAAAGUGCAUCAAACUGUUCGAAGAUUUCAAACUGCACUGCAAGGUGCGGGAAAACAAGUGCCGGAUGGAAGAUAGGGAAUUGUGCUACGAAGCAUGGACUAAUCUGCGAUUAUCGCCGAUGUUCGGCUGUAUCUGUCCGAACAACCACAUGAAGCGCAGAUGUGAUAAAAUAUUUAGCGUUGUUAACCAUAAUCCCUGCGUUGAUGUUCUACCUUCUGCACUUGACACCUCUUCUGGCACCGCUACCAACUCCAUCUAUCCUAACUUUUAUCCUUCUGACGUAAUCGAAGAUCCACCGCCCACCAGCACCUAUCCCUAUUUCCUGUUCCCAUCGAAAAAGUACCCACCGUCGGCCUUCGAGCAGGCCAUCUACAACGGAGCCGACUACAUCAAUGUCCCAGCGGCCGGCUCCCCAAAUCUAACCCACCACCAUUCCCACUACCCGACCUUCAAUCACGAUAGUGUUGCACCACCCGCACAACAGCACCACUUCACCAGUAGCACUUCCACUAGACAUGAGCACAAUUUCGACGGCACCGGCACCGCCAAUGUUAACCACAAUUAUAUGCACCCAUCACCACCACCGUCGGCACCCAACCAGCACGGUAAACAGCAGCACCAUCACAGCCUGACACCGUCUAGCACCAGCACCGUCACCAACAGUAGUAGUAGUACCGAUGACAGCUUGCACCAUCACCAGCACCAUCAGCACCAGCCCUCCGAUAAUGCACCGUGGAGUGGAGUCGCCGUGGCUCCCGAUCUCCGGCAACGGAUCGAAACCGUGCGAGCAAUGGGCAUGGACGAUAAUUAUCAUCGCUUGUUGGACCAGAACAUGGCACUGAUCGAGACCCCGCUGGUGGCACCUGCCCAUGCCUACUUUCCGCAGCACUUCAAGACGGCCCUGUAUCCGUACAACAUUUCGGGUUACCAUCGGCAGCACCAACAUGGCAUGCACGGUGGUCACUUUGGGUCGCCACAUGGCAACGGAAAUGGACACAAUGGCCACAAUGGUGGCGGCAUGGAGUACGGGUAUCACUUGGAGGCUUCGGUUGCCCCGGCGGUUGGCAACAUCCUAAUCAGUAUGGACGGAGAAGAUGAUGGGGCCGAUGCGGCCAUCGAGAACGGAAAGUUCUACGACAACGCGGUGGAAAGACACAUCGGAUCGGACGAUAUCGAGGAGAAGGAAGCCGAGAUGAGUUUCAUCCAUUUCCAGAGUACUUGUCACCUGGCCAUGGACGCGUGCCGGUCAGAUUCGUCGUGCUAUCCGGCCUUCAAGACGGUCAUGAUGCACUGUGAUCUGCAUCGGUGCAAUCGAAACGCCUGCAUGAACUCGCUGCAAAGUUUCUACAAAGGCAUCCACGACGACCUCAGUCUGGACAUUGCGUUCUGUUUGUGCAGGAAAACUCCAAACCGUCACGACAGCUGCAUGAUUGCACAGGAAAAGCUGCAUCCUGCUUGUGCCCAGAGACCACCGGAGAACCUAAGUGCACAGGAGUCGUCGAAUGGAGCUUUGUUCAGUCCGCCACCGUCCUGCCACGCGGUUGCCGAAAUGUGCCGACAGGAAGAUGACUGCCGUUCACGGCUGGAGGUGUUCGAGCAAUCCUGCGCCGUAGACAGCGUAACGAAAAAGUGUGCUGGAAAGACCAGUGCUUGCAGGCAAGCCAUGCUGGGUAUUCUGGGAACACCGCUUCGGACGAACUGUGCCUGCCAGGGUUCGGAAGUGCAGCAGCUGUACGACUGUCUCGGUUGGCAGCGAUUACUCUGGUUAAAUCCUUGUGUCGUUGAGUCCCAAAAAGAUUUCCACCUGAAACGUCUAGCUGAGCUAGGUUUGUUAACCACGACUACGACACCUACCACAACGACAAUGCGCACAACUCGUACUACGCAAGCCCCAACUCCACCACCAACGAAACCGAAACCAGUCUACCGUCCGAAGCCAACCGUAGCCCAACCAAUCGAGACAAACUACAUCGAAACUCCUGAUACCCGCCCGGAAACCCUGGUACACAAAGGCAAUGAGUUGAUCGUUCGAACCGACCUGGACCUUCAUCCCACAGAGCUCGAACCCCGGGGCAAAAGCGUUCAUUCCUUCCCGGAAGUCGAUCAUCAAGAAGAGGAUCAUGAGGAAGAAGACCAUUAUAGGCAUACGAAUGGCAACAAUAGGAUACCCCAUCAGCGACCCGACGAACAGGUGCUGCAGAUGCUGACGACGGAAGCUGAAAUUGAAACACUUCCUCCGACAACCACUACGACGACAACUACAGAGCCAACGACUACGCCGGUGCCGAUUCGGUAUUGCGUUGUUCAACGAUCGCAACAGUCCGACCAGCACAUAGCGGAAGGAAAGAGUCGAAGGCUCUACAUGCUGGACGAUGCCGAGUGCAGUGAGCUAUGCACCUGCGGGGCUGGAGAAACACUUUCGCUUUCAUGUCACGCACUCUGUGUACCCCUGGCACCGUGUCGGACGUCGCUGGCAUACUACAGUCACGCUGCGCCAGCCUACCAAGCCUAUCGGGGGCGAUGCCUGUGCUAUUCGGGCAGGUUCAUCUGUAUGCGACCACCACCUGGAGAGUAUUCGCUACCAGGUGGCAUUUUUCUGUUAUUAGGUUAUAGUUCUACCGACGAAGCACUGUUAAGACCGCACACUAAUCUAGGAGUUCAGGACGCUGUUCGAGCGCUGCAGCAGUAUGUGCAGCAGCACAUCAACAAUGAGACCUCUUGUAUAUUGACAUUAUUCAACAUCACCGAAGAGAACAUCAUCCUAUCGAUAAGACUACCCCCAGACUCCAAACUUUCCAAUAUGGAGCUACUUAGGCUAGAGAAGGACCAUUGUACAAAGAUCCUCGAAACCAUUAGCCAUCAAAUCAACCACCAGCACGUCGAGAUGUCCGCCCACCGUUUGCUGAGCAUCUUCAAAAUGGCCGAAGUGCAGGUAGUUUGGCCGGAGGUGAACCGAGCCACCCCGGGCGCAACCAGAGGACCACACUCGGUCACUCUGCUUCUGGCGCUUGUUGCUUCAUCGGUAAUCCCAUUCGUCCGAUGGGGGUCGAUUUCAUCCCUUCGGUGGAGCGUCACGUGACGUUAGGUUUCAUCGUUGGUCAUCGUCGUCGUCGUCGUCGUCGUCGUCGCUGUAGUCGUCAUCGUCAUCAUAGGCUAUUGUAAUAUCACGUCCAAACCGCGCCUGUGUGUAUGUAAGUAGAUGCGCUCUGUUAAUAUUUCGUCUAUAGAAACAAUGGAAAGAAAAGACAAACAUCAGAUGACAAAUUGAUACGCUUCGUUAUUUCGGCUUCAUCCCAAGAUACCUACGCUCUGAUCUAGCAGUAAUUUACACAGGCAUCGUUAUACAAUGAACUUGUUUUAUAUGUGAAGAAUAACACAAGUCAUCCCUACCAACUCACGCUAUACUACGGAACCAUGUUGACCCAUUGAACUGUUACACACACACUAUUGCGCCCUCUCUAGUCAUACAAUACACAUAGUUUUUAGAAGAGAAAUAAAUUGCUAUAGAGGAAGAUAUUGUUCUAAACAAAACAGAGGGAAACAGUUACGUUUUUUACUGGGAAUAAGAAUUGCAAAGUGUGAGAGUUUCUGUAAAAAGAUGUGCGAUGCUUUUGGUUUUUACUGAGAAGUUGUUUUUUGAGUGUUUUAGGGGCGAGUGUGUGCGCCGGUGUGAGUGAGCAGACAGUAGUAGCAAAUGUGUUCUAGAAAAACAAACAAAAGAAAAUCAGACAGGUAGCAUAGUUCGGUGGCGUUGGUGUGCGGUAAACCUGGUAAUUGUAAUGUAGCAUAAUGAAUAUUUAAUUUGUGUUCGUUGUUAGUUGUGAGUAGUUAGAGAGGAUCAUUCUCCUGGGUGAUGUCGCAAAGCGAAACUACGACGUUAUAAGACUUCUGUCUGAGCUAGAACUCGUGCAUCGCUCUCCGAAUGACUAGUCCCACUACUGCUAUCGCAUACUUACUUGAAUAGCUGGGAGAACUUAACUGAAAAAAUAACUUUAAAAUUGGAUCAGAACAGACUGACUGUGUGUGGAGGUGAGGGUGCUGAAGAUUUCCCAAGAGUGAGCGAUUGCAACAGGAAUUGGUUGUGAACGGUACGAGUGAGUGAGACUUUGCGACGGGGCUGUUUUGAAGGAAAAGUGCUUUAGUAGGUCUUUGGGUCAGGUAUACUCAGAAGUCAAAAGUAAUGCUUAUAGUAAGGUGGUCUGAUUUGAUUGAAAGCGGAAAACGGCGAACACCAUUAAUAAAUCGGGCUCGCACUUACAUGCUACGGGAACUCCCCAUCCCAAAUGUGUACAUUUCCAUCUCAAUCAAUUCGAAUCUGAAUUUUUCAUCAGCUAAGAGCGAUGCUUCAUACUACAACAUCUAACGGCUUUCCCGGGAUCCUUUUCCGAGAAGCAAUGCCAGUGCGCGUUCGCUAAACGAGUCAACCCAUCGGAUCGGAAGUGGAGAAAAAUGGUAAUGAAAUUCAAAUAAAGCCGGAACCGGCAAACCCAGCAUGUACCCGUUGCUUCCCAAACCAACGUUUGCCACGACGUAGGUGUGUCUGCUAACAUAACAUUGUACUCAGUGGUAAAUCUGCACUGCACGUUUGAUUUGAGUGGUCUCAACUCAAUAUGUGCUAACCAACCAACUGUUAAUUGUUGAUUCACAGAAUUGAAGUAUGACUUGGCAGUGUAGAAUUGAGGCAGCGAACUUCUCCAUCCUCUGCUAAAUUCAGCGAUCAACUUGGCAAAUCACAAGUGUUCAUCAAAUCCAGUGUUUUUGCUUAACUGAGGAUUCUUGCGUACAGAUUUACUGCUCAUCAACCAGUGUGAUGCUGUGUGUCCAUGGUAGUUGCAUUUAUUCAGCGAUAACCCAACGGCAAAACGGAACGCAAAAAUACAUGAAAAGGACUAGCAAUGGCAUCGGAGUAGUGUACCAGCAGCGAGUCAAAAUUCAGCGAAAGCUAGGCAGUCAGUGCAGUGGGGGGAAGGUCACAUGAACUCUGUAAUUGUCGCCAAGGGAUAGGUAACCGUUCGCUUUUCCAAACAGAACCUGUUUGAAUGGUGUAUCCUUGCAUGUUUGGUUGGGAGGCUGCUGCCGUUGUUCUCAUUUCUUUUUUGUUGAGCUUUGGAGUGGGUGUCGUCGCGGAGGCUCAAAGGUCGAACUGGGGGCGGUUUGUUGUAUAUUUGAGGUCGCGGGAAAAAAAUGAGAGAACCUUUGAUCUGGUAAAUGUUGCAAUUUGGAUAGAAUCAACAAUGCCGGAGGAUGACAAUUUAAAUUCAACAUUGAAUCAGACCGAACUGGACUGAAUUGUAAUAGAAUGUAACAGAUUUGGGUGGACAGAACAAACAUCACUACAUUAAUAUAGGUAAGUGUGCCCAAGGAUCUAAUAUGACUUUUAAAUUCAUUCUGUUGGGCAAUCUGAUCGCCUCCUAAAGCGCUACGAUGAUAACCCCACGGCCUUUCAUCGACGGCUGUGCAGAUGCUCCCGAUCAAAUUAAAAGAUCUUAAGUUCCUUCUACGUACUAAGUUUCCAAUCGCAAAUCCUUUUCAUCGCGUGGGUCGUUGCCAUUGAAUCUGGUGCGUGAUCUCCUCUCGCUUUGUUUCUGCUGCAUGCUGAUUUAAUGGCUGGACCACGGUAGACAGUAGACAGAGGACCGGAGGACCACGGUAGACAGUUGUACUUCGAGUCCUUCACUUCGCCCUCUGACGUUAGGCAACCGCCCCUAAACUAGAAAACAGCUGAUGUGAGCCGCUCCUCCCGUAGUACAGACGCUCAGGCUUGCAGAAGCAAACACCUUCUUCCCUGUCAGAUUACGACCAAAGUUUCCACCGGGGGCUGGUUGCCCGAUCUUCCCUAAGCUUGCUCGCAGUUUCCGGACGGUGCCACAGGGAAGUAGGGAUAGGAGUUGCUGGGAGCAGGCUAAUUACCUCAGUUGGGCUUGUAUUACGUGAUACCCAGCCUUUCAGUUUAUGGACGCCUGGUUCGUGGCAGAGUAAAUAGUGAGGUGUUUCUGUACAUAACUUGCGCUUCGUAGUGAUAUGAUGUUGGAUUCUCGAAGAUAUUUUGUGCGGUGGGAUUGCGAAUAUCGUAGUUAACACAUUGGAUCCAGAGGGGUCAUAUAUGACCCCAACAUAGAAACGGCUGUAUAAAUUCACCCAUUCGAUAAAACAGAACACUGUCUUCGGCAAUUUUAUUGCCGGCUUUGUUAUUAGGGAAAAACGGGAAUAUUUGUAUUUGGUACUUUAUUGAUAAUCUUGAACAUCCUGAACACCAUGAAGUUUGGAAAAACGAAAUAAUUGACAUACCAGUUGUUCUAAAAACUGAACUUGUAUGUGGGUUGUGUUUAUUUGUAUUAAUUUAGCCUUCGUCAAGAUUAUCAAAAGGUGUUUUAUAUUCUGGGAUAUUCUAAGUGUUCCAAACUGUCCUAUAGUAAAGUCCUUCAAAUCUAAAAGAAUAAUUUUAUGUAUUUUCGUUACAAACAAUAGUACUGCAUAACCUACUGGGAUUCAUGAAGCUCAUGACAUCUACAAUAUCAUUUAUAGACACUAGGGGAGACUGGGGAGACUUGAUCCCUUUUUCUUAAUUUGCCUGUAACAUUAAAAAAAACACAAAACUAGAUCCCUUUUUCGUACAGAAUGGUAGGUAAACAUCUAUUGCUAGUUUAUACACAACAGAAGGACUAUAAAUUAUUGUUAAAGUUUUCAAAACAGUGUUUUUAUGGAGGCAUGUCUUAUGAUGUAUUUUUUUAAAAUGGGUCACAAUUGAUCCCCUUUUGAACAGAUGUUUAAUUUAAAGGGAGAAUAACUCCAGAAGCUUCCUCUUCAUUUUCUUUUCAAGUUUUCUUACAUUUUUGAUGAAUAUGGUGUAUUUGAAAUUAUAAAAUUUCCUUAAAUUGUUAAGGAUAUGCCGUAUUUUGAAAAUGGGGAGACUUGAUCCCCCUUUUAAUGGUGUGUAAUAAAAUAAUAAUUAUCUGACACGUUUUAUCACUGAAUAUACUAGAAUUCUGAGUAAAUAGAGGCUUCCAAAUAGAAUUUUAUUUUUCACAUGUAUAAUGUGUGUGUAAUCCACGAGGGAUCAAAUCUCCCCAUGACACUGUUGUAUACACUAAGCUACAUUAAUUGAAAUAUUUAUAUAACAACCUUAUUUGGAUAAAUAUGUUUGAUAGUAUUUUAUUUAUACUAUGAGCUGUGAAAUUUUGACACGAUUUGGCUCAAUUUUCACUAAGUUAUUGAGAUUUUUCGGAAUCGCCUAAAAGAUUUCUGAAAGACUGAAAACAAACCAUCAGCCAUUAAAAAAUAAUGCAAUACACAAUUAAAAUCAAUUGUAGCCAAAACAUUGUCGUCUGUCCAGAUGUUGUUUUGGAAAAAAUAUGCUAGAAGAAAACUGUUUUUGAUUCCGAGAAAAUAUGGGGGGAACAAGUCUCCCCUAUAGGGAUAUUCAAGGUCAGCCAAACAAUCUUGGAGUUCAGAACUUCAGGUCUACACUCGUAACAGCAGUGUAGGUAAACUCACACUCAAAGCGCACUCAUGAGCCGCUCCUGUGUGAGAAAACUUGUCUGCGAUUCUGCAUCAUUUUCUCACGCGCGAGAUUUUCAUGCAAAUUCUCACUCUCACGAGUCAAGCGCCGAAAUCUCAUUUGCUUGUAAAACGAAUCCAAAUCAAUUUGAACGGCAUUCAAUGUUGUUGUACGCUGGAUUUGCUGUUGUUCUAUCAUACAAUUAAAAAAAUGCGAUGUAAAUAAUAAGAAUACCAAGAAAUAAGGCAAUGAGUGAAAUCGCGAGUCAACUCAUGCAUGAUUUUUUUUGGCAGUGAGUUUGGCGAGUCAAUAAUCGCGCGUGAAACAACUUAACCAUGAGAUUUGAGCAUUUGAGUUUUUACCAACACUGCGUAACAGUAGCCAUAUCUGUUAUACUGAGUAAUGUUUCAUAAUCAACCGCAGUUACUGGACCAAUCUAAAGUCUACUUGUUUAUCAUAAACCUUUGGGACAUUCAGGGUCGUCUAAACUGUUCUAAAAUGAAGUCCUUCAUAUUCAACUUUAUGUGUUUUCACCAUAAAUAAUAGUAUUGCAUAAUCUGUUGGGAUCCUCGAAGCUCUUGAAAUCUCUAAUGUCAUUUAGAGACACUACAGGGAUAUUUCAGGUCAGCCAAACUACCUUGGAGUUCUGGACUUCAGGUCUACACUCGUAACAACAGCUAUAUCUGACAUACUGGGUAACGUUUCAUAAUCAAUCGCGGUGACUGGACCAAUCUGAAGUCUACAUUGUAUUAUUAUGAACCUUUGGGACAUUGAGGGUCUUUCAAACUAUCCUGAAGUUUAGCUCUUGAUAGUAACAGUAAUUAUUCUCACAAUGAACUAUAAACUGUAAUCUGUAAUCCCCCUAGCAUGUCAUAAGACAUUUCAAGAUAGUUUUGAGAUAAUCCAGAUCAUCAACACUACUCCGGAGACCAUAGCUUCAGGUCUACACUUGUGAUAAUAGCUUUUGCAACUGCGUUAAGUACACAGAUAAAAAUAAUGAGAUUUACACGUCAUGUAAACUUCAUUUUAGUCAUGUAAACUUAGUGUUCAGACGGUUUACAUGAUAUAUCAUGUAAAUUUGUGUUAUAUCUCAUGUAAACUCUCAGAGUCAUGCUGAAUUACAUGACAUAUAAUGGAAGUUUACAUGAUGUUUCAUGAACUUUACAUGAUAUGUCAUGUAAACUUCUAUAAUAUCCCACGCUCCAAUUAUGUGCAUCAUAUGUCACAGAAUUGUACACUCUUUUUUCGAUCUGUGUAGUGUUACAUAAUCCACUGCACAAUGGGUCCAGAGCUGUGUUUACGAAGACAAAAAUGUUUGUGCCUAAACCAUAAGUUUUAGAUACAUGGUGUCUUUGGGAAACUUUCUUCUUAUUUUUCGACCUUUUUUCUCAUUAUUGUGAAAUUAGGGUGGUCCCUCUAGUUUCGCGGAUCCAAACAUCUGCUUUUUAAUAGUUUUAUGUACGUUCACAAAAUGUUCUACAAAAUUGUAAAAGAACUUAUUUGGAGCAAGUUUGCCGAAGAAACCAUUUUAUAUCUCUUAUGGUUCCUAACUUAUAUUUUUGUAAAAGAUUCAUUUUAGGGUGAUCCAUGAAUUUCAGUUUUCCUGAAAUAACUUUUAAUUCGUUCGUUUCUUGUAAAUACUUUGUUCCGAGCACUUUUAGAACUAUCAACGACGCAUAUUUUUUCCAAAGAGCUCAAAGUUCUAACUCUCAUAGUUGAAAAGAUAUUGACAUUUUUCUUCGAAAAAUCACAUUUUUUCAAAAUGUCAUAUCUCAAAAAGGAGCAAAUGGAUUUUCAAUCUACCGGUUGCAUUGGAAAGAUCGUACUCUGUUCUAUUUAUGGUGAAAAAACUGUAGGUACCUUUUUUGUUAAAAGCUUUUUAUUGAAUUUUGAAAAUACGAUUUUUUUCAUGGAAAAGCAGUUGUAACUUUGAAAAUCGAUGAGAUACAAACUUGGCGUCUUCGACAAAAUUGUGAGUUUUUGGCUGUUAUAAAAGUGCCUAGAACAAAGUAUUGCAAAAAAAAAAAAAACAACACAUAAAAUUAUAUUGAGUAAAAACAGAUUUUCAUAUGGAAAGCGGAACAAUUUCAGCAAACUCGACUAGUCUUUGUUAGAUAGAUCGAAGUAACCAUGUCGAAAAUAUUUAAAUUUGCUUAUAAUCCAUAAUUCGUCAAUGAACUCAACCUCAAAUGUGAUUUUGAGCUGAUUUCCAUCAAUUUAAUUUCAAUUUCAUCACUUCAAUGUAUGGAUAGUGAAAAUGUCAAUCACUUGUAUAUGUUUAGGUUAACGUAAAAGCCUAUCAAAGUUACAUGAUUUACAUGUUGAUAUCAACAUUGUGCCUAAAUGGUGAUGACAGUAUAAAUAAACAUUGGUUCUACAAUGAAAUGGAUGACCAUUUACCAAACUACUUUGAUCUAUCUAACAAAGACGAGUUGAAUUUGCUAGAAAUGUGUCAUUUUUUAUAUGAAAAUCUGUUUUUACUCAAUAUAAUUUUAUGUGUUGAUUUUUUCUCAAUACUUUGUUCUGGGCACUUUUAUAGCAGACAAAAACUCACAAUUUUGUGGAAGACGCCAAGUUUGUAUCUCAUCGAUUUUCAAAGUUACAACUGCUUUUCCAUGAAAAAAAUCGUAUUUUCAAAAUUCAAUAAAAAGCUUUUAACAAAAAAGGUACCUACAGUUUUUUCACCAUAAAUCGAACAGAGUACGAUCUUUCCAAUGCAACCGGGAGAUUGAAAAUCCAUUUGCUCCUUUUUGAGAUAUGACAUUUUGAAAAAAAGUGAUUUUUCGAAGAAAAAUGCCAAUAUAUUCUUAACUAUGAGAGUUAGAACUUUGAGCUUUUUGGAAAAAAUAUGCGUCGUUGAUAGUUCUAAAAGUGCUCGGAACAAAGUAUUUACGAGAAACGAACGAAUUAAAAGUUAUUUCAGGAAAACUGAAAUUCAUGGAUCACCCUAAAAUGAAUCUUUAAAAAAAUUAUAAGUUAGGAACCAUAAGAGAUAGAAUAAUGGUUUCUUCGGCAAACUUGCUCCAAAUAAGUUCUUUUACAACUUUGUAGAACAUUUUGUGAACGUACAUAAAACUAUUAAAAAGCAGAUGUUUGGAUCAGCGAAACUAGAGGGACCACCCUAAUUUCACAAUAAUGAGAAAAAAGGUCGAAAAAUAAGAAGAAAGUUUCCCAAAGACACCAUGUAUCUAAAACUUAUGGUUUAGGCACAAACAUUUUUGUCUUCGUAAAUACAGCUCUAGACCCAUUGUGCACUGUUUUUACCAAAGCAGUUAGAGGAACAAUAAGCGUUGUUAUACAUUUUUGGGAUAUUAUGGGCUUCCUUACUGUUAUGAAGCUUAGUUGACAAAAACAACACUGUUACAUUCAGUAGACUUACUGAACAUGAUGAAUUGGCAACACUGUAACAUUUUUUUAAUCCUGAUUAUACUUGAUAUUGUUCAAAUCAACACAAAACGUCUUUAUAUGGCAUCGGACAAUAUUUUUUGUGCGAAAUUUAUAAACUGCACCGGAUUUUAUAUGAUACUUUAUAUGAAAAAAAAAAUAAUAUUUUUUCAUAAAAACGCUAUAUCUCAGGAACGACGCAAAUUACCUUGGGGAGUUAAGCUUUUUCGAUCGAAAAACGUCUGAUAAACACGAUGGAAUCAAAAUUUUCAAAAUCAAAAUAUACGUAUUUUGAGAAAAAUCGAUUUUUAGUUUUAAAAUUGAAAAAUAUGAUAUCUGGGAACACUGUAUCAAAAAAAUAAUAUUUUUUCUAGAUUCCCUGAACGAUUUCCUUUAAAAAAGCCGAAGGCUGAAAAUGUGUAGGUGCAAUCGUUUCUGUGAUAAAAAUAAAAGAAAGAGAGGAUUAUUUUCAUAUUGGCCAAAACGAGGGGUGCUGCCACGGGCCGAGGGGUGAUCCGAUCGACACCAAAAUUUGGAUUUUUUCUUUUUCCAUCUAAACAAAUGUUUCAACCAAAUUUGGUUCAAAUCCGUGAUGGUCGGUUGCAAGUUUUCACAUUUUCUCGGUCACUUCAUAUGGAAUGACCCAUAUCCAGAAAAACCGUUUUUAUGUUUUUAUGCAAAGGUUAGCGGAGGAUGACACAGAGUUCAUGGAUUUAGUCACACUGGUGUUGAUAGCGGUGGUUUAUUUUGAGUUUCCGUCGGCCGACUCGACUGGAUUCCAGAAGGAUGCAAGAAAUAUAAGACGCUCGUGACUGGCGCCAUUUCUUUCCCCCGGACAUCCACUCCCGGGUUCAAGAGGAUGAAGGUUAUUACGCGACGAGAGGGGAGACGUUGGGUUAGCCUAGUUGUUAAGGUUAUGGAUCGCCAAUCCGGAAACGGCGGGUUCGAUUCCCGUUCCUGUCGAGAAAAUUUUCUCGAUUCCCUGGGCAUAGUACUUGCCUCACAAUAUACAAAUUCAUGCAAUGGCAGGCAAAGAUAGCCCUUCAAUUAAUAACUGUGGAAGUGCUCAAAGAACACUAAGUUGAAGCGAGGUAGGCCAAGUCCCAGUGGGGACGUAGAGCCACAAAGAAGAAGAAGAAGAAGAAGAAGAAGAGGGGGGACGUCGUGUACGUCCGCUAGUUAAGGUAGAAUUGCGAGGAUUCACGUCACCGAUGUAUGGACCUAACCUGUAGAGAGCGCUUGAGGAAUUCGACUGGGUUUUAAUGAACAAAUGUUUAGUGAUACUAUCCGGGGAACUGGAGUUGCACACUGCCGCUAGAGGCUUAUCGAUGUGAACCGAAACAUCGCUUGGGAUCAUUUGGCGUAGUGUAUGAUCGAUGUCCUGAAUCGGGUCCAACAUGGGUAUUGCAGGGGUUAAGGCUUGCGUUAUUUGUUAUAUGGUUCGUUCUUCCGCUCUCAUGUCGGUGUCGAAGUUGGGUCAGUAUCAAGGUUUUGAGGGCCAAACACAAUGUGAAUGGAAAAAAGGGCAAGAAAGGAGUGUACUAAAACUGCCGUUGCCGUUGUGUCGUUCCGAUUUGUCGUUUUCAGCACACAAUGAGAACGGAAAGCUCUUGUAUAAAUAACUGCUUGCUUGUUUUUAUUUUUAUUUGCUCUGUUUGAAAAAUACAACCGCGCAAAUUCGCAUUCUGGUAUUUCUCCUGGAAUUCAGUCUCAGGUUUUUCCCGGUGAUCACUCUGAGACAUUCCUAGGAGUUCUAUCUGAGAUUCCUCCAGGACUUUUUUCUGGGAUUCCUACAGGAGUUCCUUCGCGGAUUCUUCCAGGAGUUCAUUCGAGGGUUUCUCCAGGAGUUACUUCUAAAAAUUCCUCCAAAAGAUUCUUCUGAGAUUUAUCCAAGAGUUCCUUCCGAGACUCCUCCAGGAGUUCUUUCCAGGAUUCAUCCAGGAGUUUUUUUCUGGAAUUCCUCCAGGAGAUCCUUUUGGGCUUCCUUCAGGAGUUUCCUGCAGGAUUCCUCCAUGAGUUUUUUCUGGGAUUUCUCCAAGAGUUCCUUCUGGGAUUCCUGUAGGAGUUCUUUCUGAGUUUCCUCCAGGAAUUUUUUCUGGGAUUCUUCCAGGAGUUCCUUCCAACUUUCGUUUGGGACACUGCAGCUAUUUCACACGUUUUAAAGACGCUCCUAGAAGUUAUAGUGGCGCUUGACAGCAUUCAGGGGGCUUAUGGGCCCUAUUAAAGACAUCCAAAAGGGUUUCAGAAGCAUUUCAAAUUGGUUAUGGUGGUUUCCAGCACGCUGCAAUGGAAUUAUGGAGGUUUCAGGGGCGGUCCAAGUCUUAUCAGGGGCUUUCAAGAACACCUUUAAAUCAAAGAGUAUUUCAGGGGCGUUCCAAAAGAUAUGUGAUGGGGUCUCUAAUAGUCCUAUGUAACUUCCCGAAAUGCCUCCAAGAUCCCCCUGAAAUGCCCUCGGAUAGCAGGUAACACACCUGAGACGGCCCGAACCCCCCGAAAACUCCUUUGUAACGCUUCUGAAUUCCGAAAUUUCAAAAUUCUCUGAAUUUCGAAAUUUCAAAUUUUAAAAAUGCAUUGAAACUUCCGGAAAUUCCUCUAGAAUCCCCCUGAAACCCCCUCGUACCUCAUGUAACGCACCUAAGAGGCUCCUAAAUCUACGAAAACUCCUCCAUAACGCUUACGUAACGCCUAUAAAUCUAGCCGAAUAUGCGCUGAAUCUUCCAGAAAUGCCUCUAACAUCUCCAUUAAACCCCAUGUAACGCACCUGAGAGGCUCCGCCUUUCUUGUGAGUGGGACAGGUUACCCCUUCCUUCCACUCUUCCGGUAGCUACUCGGUUUCCCAGGUCCAGGUGGCCAACUUGUCUGGGCCCAUCUAGAUGAGUUCAGCUGCGAUUCCAUCCUUGGAAGCUGUUUUGUUGGUUUUGAGCUGAUGAAUGGCAUCCUUAACUUCCCUCAGCGUGGGAGUUGGUUCAAUCUCCACACCAUUCAGGUGCUUAUCGAAGUGUUGCUUCCACCUUUCAAACAGCUCACGUCCGUUCGUCAAGAGGCCUCCGACCUUAUCUCUGCAUAUUUCUGCUCGCGGCACGAAGCCGUUGCGGGAUGCGUAGAGCUUCUGGAAGAACUUCCAUGUUUCUUGGGAACGGUACAGCAAAUCCAUUUCAUCGCACUCUGCUUCUUCCAUGCGACUCUUUUUCUCCCGAAAAAGGCGGGUCUGCUGUUUCCGCUUCUGUAUGUAACGUUCCACGUUCUGUCGGGUACCUUGCUGCAGCAUUACCGCCCGCACUGCGUUCUUCUUCAAAACUGCUCUGCACUCCUCGUAGAACCAAUCGUUUCGUUGAAUCUUAUCCUCGUACCCGAUAGUGUUCUCGGCUGCGUCGUUGAUGGCGUCGUGAUUCUGCGCGUAUGCUGAGACGACAUCCGGUUUAUUUAGUCGCUCUAGGUAGUACCGUGGCGAUCGCCGGUACCGUACAUUGUUUAUGAUGGAUAGUUUUGUGCGCAAUUUGGCGAUCACCACAUAGUGGUCGGAGUCGAUGUUAACGCCACGACGUCGAUAAUGUUAGAGAAGUGCCGUCCGUCAAUCAGAACAUGACUGAUUUGCGAUUUCGGCUGAUGUGGUGAGCUCCCGGUGCAACGAUAAGGGAGGCUGUAGCAUACUUGAGUAUUUGUCCCCUAAAUCAAUCGGUGAAAUAUCUUUGGAUGAAUUAACAAUCAACUCAGACUGCCUAUUGAAUCACGACUAUUUGCAGGAAGGAACAACCUUGUGUGCUAGGGACUUGAGUGCGUGUGGGCGUGCGUGCAUGUAUCAGCUAUCGAUGAAUUAAAUAUGGUAUGUGACCAGUAAAACAACAAGCAACAGCUAUGAUAAGAUCACAAUCGUAAAAAUAUGUCUUCCUGAAAACAAAAAAUGUGUUUAAAUAGUAGUAAAAAUAUGUAAAUUUAAUAAAACUGAAAGAAAAGGCAGAAACUAGUUUGUAUGUACAUAAACUAUACUAAUUGAGGGUGGUGAGAAAAAUAAACUAGGACAUAACUAAAAAAAUAGUGCUCGAUAGGUAUGAAUAUAAGAAAAUUAUGGGGAAACUGAAAUACAAAUAAUGAACAUAGAUAUUAACCUGUUGAAUGGAAUUUGUUAGUGCGUGAUGGAUGGUGAGCUGAUGUGUGCAUAUGUUAGCAAUAAUCUCAUUGUAAAUAUCGAUUCCCAUUCCCUGCUAGAGGUGACUAUAAAACACAAUUAGGAAUAUAUUAUCAGAAGAUCAUGUUGCUACAAGGUUUUAGGUGAGGAGUUUAUCCAUACCCCCAAAUUGGCUUCGAUUUUUGUUCCGGGCCACUGGAAUGGUUAUUAUAAGUUUUUGUUAGUGUUAAAUCGCAAAAGACGACAAUUUUAGUAGUCCAAUGGAAAAUUGAACGAAUGACGAUACAAACACGUACACGAAACACUAAUACAUAUCAGUUUACAAAUAAUAGAAAACAUUUGUACUCUAAAAGCAUUGCAAAAAAAAACGAAGCUCAUCAUCAACAAACACGAACAAACGUACACAAAUACAUGUAGAAAUACAAACACACACAAAUCGUCACACUUUGAACGAGUAUUUAUUGCAAAAUGAAGUUUGUUCCGUUGUGCAAUCGUUUAAAGGAAAAUGGCGCGCAUCAGCAAAAUUACAUUUUUUUCGAACUCACAAACUUUUGAAAGCGUUAUCUAUUUUAUCUAGCAAAUUCACGUGAAGAAAUGUCUUAGCAAUGAACAAUAACGAGAAACGAGAAACACAUAUACAAACUCUAACCAUAGGAAGUCAACCGUUUUAUAACUAACAUCUCCCGUCGUCUUGAACUGAAACUCUGCGUAGCUGGCUGGCGGGUGCAAUCCCGGGAAUGACACGGUCCCAUAAAAAGUUACCGACACAGGAAACAAUAACCAAAUUAGUCUAGGUAGGAGAAAAUGUCUCGCAGGUCAUUCCCCACGUGGAGAAAGACACGAACCGAACAAACUCCAAACCAAACUUGAAAAGUGUGUUUCAGAUAUAUAAACAAACGCAAAAAAAAAAAAAAGAAGUGAAUUCAUAUAGGGAAGCAAACGAAAUCCUUUCAUCCCUGGGUUUAAGUUUUCAAACCAACAGAGUAAAAAUAAAAUAUAUAUCAAAAAGUUGUAUCAAAACGAAAUUAACAAAAAAAAAAGACACGGAGAAACAACCAUACAAAACAUACGGACGCGUGAGCGAGAGUCCCCGAGCUGGAGGGUUUCAAACACAACAUACCAGUCGCUCGAUGUAGCAGCAAAGACAUUGAGAGAACCAGUUAGAUGCAACUAGGGUAGGGAUACCUGUUAUGUUCUAGAAAAGUUUACAUUUCUAGUCUAUUCGACUGAUUUCUAACCCAAACUUUUCCGUGGGAAUAACUUGAAAAAUCUCUAUGGUUUUAUUGCUUAUGUAUUGUCUAAAUAAAUUUAUCAAAUUGCAACAACCUUUUAUUUGCAAGAUGAAUACAGAAAAGCAAUAUAUAGAAAUAAAUAAAAUUUUGAGGAUGAAUAGUUAAAAAAAACAUAAGUUCGAAAUACAAAAAGUCAAAAGAACAAAAUAUCAAAAAUCAAAAAAAAAUCUUCAUAUAUCUUUCUGAAGAAAGAACUCGAUAUCCUGUACGACAUUUUUUACGAUCAGUGUCUUCAGAUCUUUGAAGUGAUGCCAAAUUUGGUUCUGUACAUCGGUAUGUAUUUUAUUAAACUGUUUUGCAGAAAAUUGUCUGCCAAUUCCGGUUCAUGCCCUCUAAGGAAUUCUGCUAGAACAAGAAAUUGGAUGAUAAAUAAAAAUGUUGCCAAUUGAGUUUUUUUUUUUUCAAUCUUUCUUUUAUACAUUUAGAGAUUGGUAUUAACGUGAGCUUCUUUCAAUAUUGCCGUUGAACAGUCAAAGCUCAACGAACAACUAUGACAUUAACUGGUACCGUCACCCUACGAAAAUCAGUUGCAUCACUGGGACGGGACGGGAAAGAAACGAACGGCUAUGUAUGUGUGCGAGAAAUAUCCUUUCAAAAGCGAAGAAAAAGUAACCAGAAAACAGUAGCUCGGUAGCUCGCUCCACGCCGCCCCUAACUAUGAAUGUUAUAUUUUGUUGCGGAAAAGGUCGUUUGACUGCAUACACUCCAGUUAGUCAGUCAGUCAGUCAGCCAGUCAACGAGGUGAAACACACAAGCUAGAUGCAUAUAACGCAUAUAUAGGGUGAACCAUAUAUGAACUUAGGAAAAAAUGAAUCUUUUGUGCGCCUGGAAACCAGAAAAUGAUCAAGCGGAAGCGUGUAGAGAGAGAUGAAAUAAAGCGGUCGGAAAAUGAUACCGAGGAAUGUUGAAAACUAACAGAA